AUGGAAGACAAACAGGCCUUCUUUGUUCAAAGUGCGGAUGGACGCAAAUUUAAAAUGGUGAUUCGUGGAGAUUUAGGAAAGCUGAGCGUGGGAAAGAUACGACGCUACCUCAAAUCAUACGGUGUGCCGGAUGGGCAGUUGCUCCUCCAUGACGGCGUGGCGCUGGAGGACGAUGCAGUGGGAAAUGAUUUUGGGCUGCGCAACAAUGUCAUAUUGCAGUUAGUAUCUCCGCAUCGUUGUGCAAUGAUGGGUGGUGUGCGGAGCGAAAGAGCAAGCGAUGUUCCUCCACACUUCAUGGGAGGAGAAACCGCUAGCAGUGCCCCCUCUGCGAUAAGUGCAGAGAUCCGAGAAUGCCAUUCGCAGACGGCCUCCUCGCGUGUAUUAGCAACGGCUGCGACAAGUCACAUAGACCCAGGUGGCAUUCCAGAAGUUUUUUCUCAAACCAAUGCUGCAUCUGCUGCCGUCUCUAGCAGUAACAAUAAUAGUAAGAAUCAUGGUAAUAACACAGGUACUGCUCUUGACAUGGUGCCGGAUGUAGAAAAAUUGCGGUUGCGUGAAGAAGUUCAGCGUCUGCGUCAGGAGGUUUCAGAGUUGCGGGAACGUCAGAAGAGUAGCGCCACCAGUGUGCGACCGGAGCCUGUUUCUGUAGAUAUUUUGCGAACUGCAAGGUCUAAUUUACAGCAACUCGGUGAGGACUUGGGGGUUCCCUUGCAAUUUGAUAUGAAUCUCACCUGUGUCAUUGGAACGGAUGAACGUCACACGGUGUUGGUUACCUUUGACCCCGCAACCGAGCGUCUUUAUGUGUACUCUACGCUACUGACACAGUUACCCGAGGAUACUGCGGUGCGUGUCAAAAUGUAUGAACUUCUUUUGGAGGGUUCUUUACUUGGACGUGAAGUAUGCGGUGGCGGCAUCGGCAUGUCAUUGCAAAAUGGCAUCGUGAUACUGUCAACCACCAUUCCGUUGCGUUAUUGCUCCUCUUUGGCCCUAAGAGAAAUCAUGCCAGCGUUUGUUGAAACCCUGGGACGCUGGCGCUCUCUCAUCAACGAACUUCUGGAGUAA